AUGAAGCUGAAAAACAUAUCGGAAACCGUAAACAAGGACGAGCUGUUCAAAAAGGUAAUAUAAUAUGUAUUCUGUUGAGAAAAAUAACAUCAAAACACUAGUAUGUGUGUGUGUGUGUGUGUGUGUGUGUGUGUGUGUGUACGUACGCGCACGUACUUACUCCGUCCAGCACGCACCUACCCCUAUCGCAACCUAAUAUUACACCCUCUCGUCCUCUCUGUAACAGGUAGGCGUUGUGAUCUGCCAAGUCGUACCGAAAAAGUCGACUACAAUCGUAUCGAACUAAAAGAAAUGAUUAUAAUAGCGAUGUCGAAAAUUAUUUAGGAGGUAACUGCCUCGGAUUCUUCUGAGGUCGGUUCGUGUUAGGCUAGUGUUUCCUAUAAAACUGCGCACAAUCUUUUAAAUCUUUCAAUAUAUAUCCGAGUAUUCACUUGCUCAGUAUUACGCACAUUGCACAAUUUAAACAAAUUCCAAUCUACCCCGACUGGAGAGAACCCCAACGCUAAUGAUUGUAUUGGCCAAUUUUGGUUAGUUUUCGUUUUGUACGUCGGUUUUCCAAAAACUUCCCAUAACGCUUUUCUGAUACUUUUAUAAUAUCUAUUAUUAAUUAAAUUAUCAUUUCGAUAUUUUGAUAUAUCCCUUAGGUUUGGAACCUAUCUGCAGACCACUGUAUGGAUGUAGUAUUGAUGAUGUUCUCGCACGCUGAAGGAACAACACUACUUGGCACACACAAACUUGAGCAAUUUAUCGUGACUACUGAACUUUGCCGUUUUACUUCGACGAUGUGCAAUCGUCCGCCGCUCUAUCGCCCUGCUUUGGAUUGUACUGUAGCAAAUGAUUUUGUUUCGACAGAAUUUGAACGCUAUAUUGAUCUGGUUGAAGAUAAUGUAAGUAUUGAGAUAUUUUGAACACUUCUGACUUCGUUAUAAAAUUGCACAAAUGUACAUUAACAAAUGAAUUGUCCAAUAGGUCGAUUUUAAGAAAAUAUCUACUAACCUAUUAUUAUUAUUUUUCAAUAACAAUAUUGAAAUAUAAUGAAUUAGACAUAAUAUGAACACAGUAAACUUUCAAUGUAUUUGUAUAUGUAAUUCAAUAUUGAGAAAAGAAAUGAAAUAAAUAUAUAAUACAAGAAAUAAGCAUUUAAAAUGUUUAAAAAUAGUAUAUAUAAUAAUCUGAACUACUCAAUCAACUAUUAUAUUUUAACCAUUUAACAUGUUAAAAUUUCUACUGUAUUGUUAAUUUAUGUUCUGAACUAAUUUUUCUUAUCAUUCCAAUAAUAUUUGAAUAUAAUGUUUGAUUUAUUAUUAUACAUUUUUAACAGGCAUAUGAAUUAUCAAGUGCACCAAACAGCGAGGUGCUUGUGAUCAUUGCCAAUUAUGAGUGCCGCAAAUUUAUUUUUGCGUCUCCACGUUUACGUCCGUAUAUCAUGUCGAAGGAAUGCGCUUCUCUCAUAGAGGGUUGCUUGGGCAAAGGCACUUUCUCUGCUGGUCAAGAAUCUCGUAUCGAUAAAUAG